UCAUCUGUUACUACUGGACAGGGAGACUUCAACAGCCGGUGAUUGCAUAUAAAAACAGACAACUUUGCUCAUCAUUCAUCAGAAAAGUGCAAUAAUACACUAGCAGCACGACCACAAAAUAAAUUCCUUGCAAGUCAUUGUAAUUAUACAGAUAUUGAUUUCUUUCAAAAGGUGAAGGUAGUCCUAAAAUCCGGCAUUCAGAUAAAUACAUAGAUAAAUUGGAAAAUUAUAUUUACGAAAAUGAGCCUGGACGAUAAAGACGAAGGUCAACCAGACGUUGGCAAUCUUUCUUCUCCGGAGGAUGUGAUAACAACCGACCUUAUCCAAAAGAUACUCCACGGUCACGAUCCAGACGCCAAACUCGUCUCAUACUCUGCCAAGUUGGGCACCAAGACGGGUGACAAUUUCAUGUCAAUUAUUUACAGUGCUGACAUCCUCUUUACAAACUCUUCCUCAUCCGAGGAGAAACUUGAGGUCAUGAUUAAAACCAUGCCGAAGAAUGAGUUCCGAGUCGAAGAGCUCAAUAAAGUCGCCGCCUUUACCAAAGAGGUCAACAUGUACGCCCAUGUCCUCCCAGAAAUGGUACGCUUCCAGAAGGAGCAAAAAAUCGAGGAUGUCGAAAUAAUGGCGGAUUGGCCGGCAUGCUUAGCGUCAUUUUCUAACGGAGGAAUCGAUGAUUUCGUAGCAAUGGGAAACUUACGGGGAAAAGGAUACAAAAUGGCGGAUCGAAUCAAAGGUCUCGACCACCCACAAAUCCUCCUCGUCCUCUCCACCCUGGCUAAAUUCCAUGCCAUCUCUUUCGCCCAAUUUGGUGGGGAUGGUGCCAAAAUAAUGUCCACUUAUCCAUUCCUCGAAGAAAAAAUGUUUCCCGAUCCGGCCGAGUUGGAGCACUCGCUGAAAGAUUACUUCAAAUCGUUACUGCGUUGCGAAGUAAAAGUUCUGCGAGACUCUGGACACGAGAAAGAAGCUGAAAUUUUGGCACUAUUUUGCAGGGAUGAUAUCGAUGUUACCUUAUUAAGCGAAAUCAGCACCAUUGUCACCAGUAGGAAAAACGCCGUCAUAAAUCAUGGAGAUUGCUGGACGAAUAAUAUCCUGUUUUUACAUGACGGUGAGAAACUCGUCGACCUAAAGUUGCUCGACUUUCAGGAAGCGAGAUGUGCACCGAGGUCGGCAGAAGUGUCCUAUUUCCUACAUGCUUGCGUCCCCAGUAAAGAAUUGGAUGUGCAUAAGGAAGAGGAAUACCUCAAGUGGUAUGAUGACCACUUUAUCCAAUUUCUUGGAAAGUUGGGCGUAAAUAGGAGUGGGAAUGAUGGAUUGGAUUUCAAAGAUUUUAUGGAAGAGUACAAAAACUGCAAAUUUUACGGAGUUAUACUCGGCUUGUUAAUGGCACCGAUGAUGUGCACGGAAAGUGAAGAUCUUCAAGAUUUGGAGGACAUGGAGGGCUUUGGGGAGGAUGCCGCAACUAGAAUGUUUGAAGCAAGAACUAAGGCAAGCAAAGAUAGUCAGUUAAUAUCUACCAAUAAAAUUUGCAAUCUUGCCGUUAAUCAUUUACCUCACUGUCCACAAGUGAUUAGAAAAAUGAGUGAAAUUAAAAAAGUUUGACGUUUUAAAAAAUAAGGAAUAAAUUUAUUUGCGAAAAUUUUUA